CUGCUUCCAAGUGAUGUGCAUGUGCAACGAUUGGGGUUUGGGGUUGUGAUAUUUUUUUUAAUUUAAAUUAACCUCAACUACCCACCCCUUAAUUAUAAACGAAAAGGUAUCAAAAUUGGCAAUUCCCAGAAAAUGAUGAACCCGAUGGCAAACCGACGAAACGUCAAAUCGCCUAAGAUCACCCCCAUUACUGAGGAUUAUCAAAUCACGAAUACCGUCCUCGGGCUUGGAAUCAACGGGAAAGUUGUCGAAUGCUUCUCUAAAGCUACAAACGAAAAAUUUGCACUCAAGGUGUUACACGAUUCGAUGAAAGCAAGAAGAGAAGUUGAUUUACAUUGGAGAGUCAGCGGAUGUAGACAUAUUGUCAACAUAAUAGAUGUUUAUGAGAACACUUAUAAGAGUGUUAAAUGUUUAUUGGUUGUUAUGGAAUGUAUGGAAGGUGGUGAACUUUUUCAACGUAUUCAGGAUCGUCAAGAUGGUGCUUUUACAGAACGAGAAGCUGCUCAAGUGAUGCAUGAAAUAUGCAUUGCAGUAAAAUAUUUACACGACAAUAAUAUAGCACAUCGCGAUUUAAAGCCUGAAAAUUUGUUGUAUACUAAACAAGGACCUCAAGGAAUAUUAAAAUUAACGGAUUUCGGAUUUGCAAAGGAAGUUCAUACAAAUACCCUCCAAACGCCUUGUUAUACUCCGUAUUACGUAGCCCCCGAGGUGCUUGGACCUGAAAAGUAUGAUAAAAGUUGUGACAUUUGGUCUUUAGGGGUUAUUAUGUAUAUCCUAUUGUGUGGAUUUCCGCCGUUUUAUAGUAAUCAUGGUUUAGCGAUAUCGCCUGGUAUGAAAAAAAGGAUAAGAAUGGGACAAUAUACAUUUCCGGACGUUGAAUGGCAAAAUGUUAGUCAAAUGGCGAAAGAUUUGAUCAUUGGAAUGUUGAAUGUGGAUCCGAUCAAACGACUGAGCAUCGAGCAAGUGAUUCGAAAUACAUGGAUAGCUCAAUAUAUGGCUGUACCUCAAACACCUUUACACACUAAUAGAAUGUUAAAGGAAGGUGAAGAAAUUUGGCCUGAAGUACAAGAAGAGUUGAAUAGAUCACUCGCAACAAUGCGCGUUGAUUAUGACCAGGUCCAUAUAAAAGAUUUGGAUAGUUCGAAGAAUUCGCUUUUAAAUAAGAGACGUAAACGCUCCGUACACCCAACAGAAAGUUAAACAAAGCGCAAAAAUGAAAUUAAUAAUAAUUCUGUAGACGCAAUGAUUUUUUUGUUUCUGUUUGUUUUUAAUUAACAGUAUUCCAGUUUUGAUGGGAUCGUCAUCGAUUUAAAUAAUGAAAUAAUGUACUUUCAAAAGUGAGAAUAAUUGCGUUUUCUUUUUGUUAUCACUUUUGAUGGUAUAUUAUUAAAUAGUUUUAUAAAACAUUUCACGUGCCUUCGCUGUAAGUUUUAAUAUAUUAGAAUAUUUCUGGCAGUGACAAGUUUAAGACAUCACACAAUAAUUCGAAGACAAAGAUUGUGAUUUUAAAACUGCAUUUUUUUCUUUAGCUUUAUUCCUUCAAAAAAACAAAACUUUUAGACAGCCAUGAUUAACAUUUACGCGUUUUUUAUUGUUUCCUAUUUCGUCAAGUUUUUUUAUCGUUAAAUUUCAAUGUACUUAUUCAUCAUAAUUAUUUACGAACAAAGUUUUCCUAGUUGAGUUAUUACUUGUAUUAAAUGUUCAUCACGUCAUAAUGUUUUGUAUUUCUUUUUUUAAUCAAAAUCGUCGCAAUAAUUAACAAAUAAAUAAACAAAUUCGUGAUGUAAAUAAAUAAAUCCAUGUUAAUGAUAGUUGUUAUCCAUUAAACAAAUAUAAUAA